AAAUGUAUGAUUUUUUUACUUGUAACGCUCUAUGCUGAACAAGUACGCAUACAAACUAUCAUUUAUUCAACUAACCAGCGUAUUCAAUCAUAAACAAAAAAUAAAAUGAAUACGAUUGAAAAUUUGUACAAGAAAUGUAUUAUGGAUUUCAAUGCCACAAAAGAUUACAAUUUUAAAUAUUGUGAUUGUGAAAUCAAUAAAUGUUAUCAACAUAGGGCAUUAUUAAGAGAUGUCUACCAUACCGGACAAUAUAUCAACAUUUGGGCUGAUGUAGUGGUCGAAUAUUUCGUUAAUAAUGCAGAGUAUGAAAAAUAUGAGGCAAUUACUAACAAUUUAAUUGAACGUACAUCGGUCGAUCCGGAGAUUUAUUUACGAGAAUUGUAUGAAAAGCUAUUCACCGUAAAGUCUGAUUAUGGGCAUAAACGUUGGCUUGAAGGUAAAAAAAAUAUUAGUAAAACUUUUGAUAAUAAAAUUAAAACUAAUAGUUAAUAGACGAAACUAAUUUACUUUAUAAAGGUUGAAAAUUAUGUUUACAUAGAUUUUUUUUAUUGUACAGAAAGACUUAGCUUAUUUACAGAUAGCAGUCAAAAGUUGAGGUGUGGAUUUAAAAAUCGUCGUAUGUUAGAUCUUGUUUGCAUGUACAACUUAAUUGUAUCACGUAAACAAGAUGAAUGUUAGCAUUAGCAUUGAAACUGGUUUUCAUUUGACGAUUCAUAUUAGCCAAUAUAGAUUCAAAGUAAGAUUAUGAUUAUGAAUAUUAAACAUAGGUUUAACUGAGCUUAACUCGACUCACCGUAUGGUGAAUUUGGUACCGACAUACUAUCGCACCCCAAUUACCUAUCUUAAUUUUAAUUUGGAUGGCGAGACUGUAGAUGAAUAUUCAGAGUGGUAUUUAUAAUUUGUAAAUAAUAAGUUUGUUUUGUUGUAAGUUAAUUUUUUUUUUUUUUUUCAUAUUUUGUAUAUAAUAUUAAUAAUAAUAUACAUUAAGGGUAACAUAAUUAGCAAUUGCUUCUAGUGUUAUGCAUAUGACAGGAUGAAGUAC